CAUUCAGAAGAGUAAACGCUGUCUGUUGGACUGCUGCAAUUUUCCGAGACUAGUGCUGGCCCCUGUGUCAUAACUCAGGGUCGCCAUGAGCAAUUGCUCCUUCGAGGCUGUGGACAACCUCAUGAUGUCUCUGCAGCUGGUCAUCUACAUCCCCAUCUUUGUCUUUGGGUUCAUCCUGAACAGCCUGGCCCUGCUGGUGUUCUGUUUCCUCCUGAAGAAGUGGACCGAGUCCACCAUCUACAUGACCAACCUGGCUCUGAUGGACAUGCUGCUGCUCUUGCCCAUGCCCUUUAAGAUGCACGCCACCAAGCACCAAUGGGCCGCAGACAAACAGCUCUUCUGCUCCUUCCUGGAGAGCCUGUACUUUGUCAGCGUUUACGGCAGCAUCUACACCAUCAUGUGCAUCGCCGUGGACCGCUACAUCGCCAUCAAGCACCCAUUCCGGGCCAAGCAGCUGCGCUCUCCGCGGGCCGCCCUGGCGACGUGCGCGCUCAUCUGGGUGCUGGUGCUGGGCGCCAGCACGCCCGUGUACCGCUUCCGCAGCAAGAACGAGAGCACCUUCCGCUGCUUCCACGGCUUCUCCAAGGAGGGCUGGAGCCCGGCCCUGAUCGCUUGCCUGGAGGUGCUGGGCUUCCUGGGCCCGACAUUGGUGUUGGUGACCUGCUCUGUCCAGAUCAUCCGCACACUGCACAGGUCGCAGCAGAGCAGGGCCAGGACCCGAGCCUGCACCCGCAUCAUCUACAGCAACCUGUGCAUCUUCCUGGUGCCCUUCACGCCCUGCCACGUGGGCAUCUUCCUGCAGUUCCUGGUGCGGAACGACAUCAUCAAGGACUGUGACCUGCAGAACAACAUCAGCCUCUUUGUGCAAGUGGCCAUGAGCCUGUCCAACAUCACCUGCUGCCUGGAUGCUUUUUGCUACUACUUCAUCACCAGGGAGAUCCGCACAACCGGAGACACCCUCAGACAAUCCUUCAAUCAGCGCGGGCCCACCAGCACCUCUGAAUUGUGACUCAGCUGGUUCCCCAUAUCUGCCUUUUAAACUUCUACACGCCAUGCAAUGAAAAAAUCACCAAAACAUUGUAGUCCCAGGUGACUGUGAUCUUGCCAAAGCAGUAUUUCCUCACAAUGAGAGUAGUCAUUAUGUGGAAAAGCUUGUCAGUUCAUUUAGUAGAGGCAGAGACUCUGGGGGGUUUUAAGAUCAUGCUUGAUAUAGUGCUGGAUACUAUUAAGUUGUAUGUUAUGUCAUGUUAUGUUAUGUUAUGUUAUGUUAUGUUAUGUUGUGUUAUGUUAUGUUAUGUUAUGGGACAGAGUGUAGCACAGUGGGUAAGGAACUGGGCUUGUAACCGAAAGGUCGCAGGUUCGAUUCCCGGGUAAGGACACUGCCGUUGUACCCUUGAGCAAGGUACUUAACCGGAAUUGCUUCAGUGUAUAUCCAGCUGUAUAAAUGGAUACAAUGUAAAAGUUCUGUAAGUCGCUCUGGAUAAGAGCGUUUGCUAAAUGCCUGUAAAAUAAUGUUAUGUUAUGUUAUUUUAAAGCAAAAAUGUACUAUAGUCCUGCCCUUCAUUUUGUCUGGCUUGUUGAAUACUCCAACAGGAGCAUGGUCCAAGGAAAUAGGGACGUGCUUGCAGAACAUGACGGGUUGCAAUCCUUGGUGGAGCGAUAACCUUGUUGUGCUUUCGAGCAGUUAAUAAUAUUUGAAUGUAUGAAUGAUAGUACAUUAAACAUAGGUAGUACAUUAAAUAUUAUUUAUCUUUGACAAGAAUAACUGCUGUGGAUGAGGAACUGCCUCUGCUUGAGUUACCUAGCAGUGAUUUUCUGUGGUCAGUGCACACUUUACUGGUAAACAGUAAUAUACUAUGGUGACAUGAUUCUAUCAUUCUCUCACUACAAGGAUGUACAUUCUACCUUUGUAUUCCAAGUGUUUGUUCCUUAGGAGUUUGAUCAGUUGGCCAAGUGAAUCCAAAAAUCAUGUAUCUCCCAAACUUCAGAGUUCAGUGUCCAGAGCUGAGUCAAAAAAUGUAAAAGUUGACUUUUCUAACAAUAAAUUUUCAGCAGACCACACACUAAAAAUAUUAAGUGCGACAGAGUAUCACUUUUCACUGCUCCUUCAUCAGAUUUGUUCAAAAUCAGAGAAGUGAGCUCAUAUUCUUAGACAAGAAAAUACAUAUUUAUACUUUCAACAGACCAACAAGACACAGAUAUCUCUACCCAUGACAGCCAUGAUUUUAUUUGUCAGGUUCAAAUCACACCAAAACUCUUUGAGGUGGACUAUUACACCAGUAGUGAUGUCAAUGCAAGGAAGUCUGAAAAAACCACAUGCUCACUUGCUUGAGAUGACAGUAAAGCGAUACAAAUGGGGUGAAGCGCAGUGCACGAGAGAGACGUUAAACAUUUGUUAAACACAAAUGCAUGCCUGUUAAAAGAAUCCAAACUUGGUUUGAUAAAGCUUGGCACUCUACAAGAUGCUUUGAGAAUUGGUUUUGGGUAUGAACAGUGCUUUAAAUAAGAGCAUUCAAUGACAAUACUGGGCUCUCUGUACCAUGGCCCCACAUCAUCAUUUUUUGUGUGUUUGGGUGCCUGUGAGUGUCCCAGGUUAUGCAAAUCAACUGUAUAAUGACUUUUUAAAAAACCAUAAAUUACAUUAUCAAUGCACAACUUGGCAACAGUCUUUAAAGGCAUACUAUGCCUUGAAAUGUGUCUCUACACAAGGGUCCUAAUCAAAAAGAUUUACAUUUCCUAAAUAUUCGCUUAUUUCCUAAAGAACUCCA